AUGCCUGGAUAUAUCCAACGAAAUAGAACGAGAUGCAAUAAAGAGAAGCAGAAUGUUUUUGAUAACAUGACUGUAUUAAUGCCCGGAGUAUAUCGUCCACGAAACAGAUUAUUCAACAACCAGAAGCAUACACGUCAUAAGAGAGCUGUUCUUAAAAACGGGAAAAUAAAUGUUUACUGCAAUCACGGUAUGAAAUUUUUCUCCGAUUUCUUCCUUGCUCUUGUUGAAAAUCUGAAUACAACAGAUUUCACGCCUUGCAUUGAGAACAUUUUUGGUUUUACGUCGACAUUUCUAUUUAGUGUAGAAGUUCACACGACAGUUGCAUAUGGUCGAAGAUCUAUUACUCUAGAAUGUCCACAGACUAUAAUUGCUAUGUGUUUUCAAUGUAUACUAAGCUCUAUAUUCCAAGUUGGUGAUAUGAGGAAAUCAAGAAUACUCAAUAUAAUUCCUAAAGCAUAUAUGUUAAGAUGUAAUACUGACUGCGAAAAUAAUAUACUAAAUGAAGAUCAAAUAGAGUUAAAAGUUGAAAUCGUGGAGUGUGAACCAAUAUUCUUUUUAUGGCCAAUUCACGUAGUCCACGUAAUUGAUGCUAACAGCCCUUUGUAUCGCAUCUCCGCAGCAGAUUUUCUUUGUAGUAAAGUAGAGAUAUUAGUUGUAUUUGAAGGAAUUAUAGAAUCUACUGGACAGCCCAUUCAGGCGAGAUCUAGUUACACCGAAAGUGAUAUCUUGUGGGGUCACAAUUUUGUGUCUAUGGUAUCUUAUGAUAAUGAUAAAUUAAAGUAUAACGUGGAUUUUUCAAAGUUAUCAGAAGUGGAAGAAGUUGAAACGCCCUUAUGUUCAGCGGAGGAAUAUUACUCGCUGAUGAGAUCUCUCGCACCGCCUUUAGACUUUGUCUAA